AUGAAAAUCCCUCUUGAUGUUCUACUCUCCGCCCUACCCGAUGAGGGCAAAGAGUUGCUAGGAACUGCUUUCAUUGCUAUUCUCGCCUCACAACGUGAUAACGAAGCUGCUGAGCCGUGCUCAAUCCAAUCACCUGAAUCUCAUUGUAGCCCUCAACGAGCAACAAACAGCGCAAUCGCUGUUCCCCGUAUGGAUCCACGAUUGCGCACAGCUCGUGUUGCAGACACACAAGCACUUGUACCUCCUGUCACUCAAAGUGCAUUCAUGUCCAGUCCGGGGCACUUUGGUCCGCCCCUUGAGCUUCUACCGAAUAACGCAGCAGCACCCAAAGUUGUCGAGAGUAUGACAUCUGUGGUAGAGCCAGAAAAUGUGAUCGUUUCUACAACGUCCUCUCCUCCAGCUCCGACUAGUCCUCCUAGGGAACCGGAUGCCUUGGAACUUGAGCUUGCGAAGUCCCCGGUAGAACCCAAAGAGAUACCAUUAGAAAAUGAUGUUCCACCUUUGUCGUGUUCCAGCCCAACCUCCGGUGACAGUCGCUCGUUCGUUCCAUGUGCCGUGACCACUGAAUCCCUGGAUAUGGACGUGGAAUCAUUUAACACGCAUUCUCGGGAGAUUACUGCCCACUCACUCUCCAACUCGAGUGACAUGGAUGUGGAAAUUCCAUCGUCCCGUUACCAAAGUCCUUUCAAAAUUCGAUACCAGCCGUAUACCCCACCCACUCCUCAGGCUUUGCCUCGCUUAUCGGGUCCUUUCAACGACUUUUUGGGCCAAGACAAUCCACCAGAUCUUCGUCCUCGAUUUUUUGAACCUACUCGUUGGCACUCACCUAGAACCUUUGAUGAUCGAGUUCGUCCGAAUUCACCUCUCUCUCGUUUCGAAUUUCCCAGACGUGCCCUUUUUGAAGAGGGAGCAGAUAACACGCAUACUAACCCCCCAGAAAGAACCUCUAACCAAAAAUCUCAGGAUUGUCGAAAGUCCGAAUCAUUCUCGGUUCCUGCUCGACCGUCACGUGGUGCAAGUCCCUCGCGUUUCAUUCAACGUCAUCAUUCUGGCUCAAAUAUUUCGGAAACCUCGACGACGGAGCUUCGGACUGGAGUCUCUCCGCGUCCUGACACGGAUCAACUGGCUCGGUUUCAAAUCAACGCCAGUCCACGUUUGGUGCUUGAAGAUGUGGCAAAAACGCACCCCUAUUAUUUUCAUCCUCCUGAACGAGCCGCGCCGGUAUACGAGAGUGAGGAGGGUGAAAUUGUCGAUGAUGAUAAUGAAAUGGAUGAGUCAGAAGAUGGUACGCCCUCGGCAAUCACAAAGAAGAGAAACCCAAAAGCGUAUCCCGAUGGUUACUAUAGCAGUUUUUCCAGUGAUAUGUCCAGUAAUGCUAGUCUAAAUGUCGUAGACGAAUGGCACGGUUCCUCAUUUGACAGUUCAUUCUCCCGAAGCCGUUCCACAUCUUCGCGCAGUUCUCCGCAACGAAAAUCUGAACGCCGAAAGCAUAUGAAUUAUGUCAACCCUACUCGUCCGACAGAAAACCAUUCGAGCUCCAAACUCCGUAGAUGGUUGCCUGAAAAAUAUUCAAAUGAGUUCUCGACCCCUUACAGUCCGUCUAGACGCCGCACUGGUUCGUUUGAUCAGGCUUCCAGCUCUGGAGCUUUCACUCGACCGGAACAAACGUUGCACCAAUCUGCAGACCUUGCCCGGCAUUCAGCAAAAUCGACGCCGGCUACUCCAUCGAAAACCAACAAUCCACUUUCCGAUCCGGUCGAUAAUUCCGAUCAUUCAGUUGUGGAUACCGAGACAUCAUUGGAGGAUGAGGAUAUGCGUGUACCAUUGUUAAGUCGCUCAAAUCGUCGUUCGUUCCCCUCGGAAUCGCAUGCAUCACGUGAUCGGACGUCAGAUCCAGUGCCGAUACGUCCGAUGGAAACUGGCGAUAAUAAUCCUGUCAGUCGCUCACAGGUAUUUAGCAAUAAGGACGUCGAUUAUCGUCGACUUCCUCCCGAAGUAUCAAUACCAUCACCGCAUCACUCACAUCGGGACUUCUCAUCCGGUUCCAGGUCCUCAUUACCGGAUCGCGACUGGACUGAGGCAACAGAACCAUUACCUCGCUACUCGAUUUAUCAUCCAAAAUCAGUGGAUCGUGAACGUCCGGAUUCGGGUAAGGAUUCUUCAUCACGAUCGCGGUCGGACUCAAUCCCCGAACGCAGAGAGGCAUCUUGCUCAUCCGAAUCNCGAGUACAUUUGGUACGCACAGUCGUUCCAACGUAUCACGCGACCAUCGUCAUCACUCUCGACCGGUUCGUUCCCGAUCGCGAACAGAGCACGCGCAGAGCAAAGAUGUAA